AUGUCUAUCAACAUCGAGACUGUCGCCACUCCCCAAAAGACCGCUCGCGGUCCUGCAGAGCCCGCCGACGCUUCGGCCGUCUACCUGGGCACCAAGAGCCGCAUGCCCGAGUUCGUGCUCACGGACAAGGUCGUCUGCGUAUCGGGCGCUGGUCGUGGUUUAGGCCUUGUCCAGGCCGAAGCUUUGCUGGAAGCUGGUGCCAUUGUUUACGCUCUUGACCGUUUGCCUGAGCCAAGCGAAGACUUCGCCCGCAUCCAAGCCAAAGCGACAACCCUCGGCACCAAAAUCGAAUACCGCCGCAUCGACGUGCGCGACACCGAGCUCCUCCACGCCGUCAUCGAAGAAAUCGCUAAUGUCGAGGGCCGCAUGGAUGGCCUCGUGGCCGCGGCCGGUAUUCAGCAGGAAACGCCCGCAUUGGAGUACUCGGCCAAGGACGCCAACACUAUGAUGGAGGUCAACGUGACUGGCGUGUUCAUGACUGCGCAGGCGGUGGCCAAGCAGAUGAUCCGAUUCGGAAACGGGGGAAGCAUUGUCAUGAUUGCUAGUAUGAGCGGGACUAUUGCGAACAAGUAUGAUGCUAACACUGAAAAGGGUCUCAUCUGCCCAGCCUACAAUGCUUCCAAAGCAGCCGUCAUCCAACUCGGCCGCAACCUCGCCGCCGAAUGGGGCCAGUACAACAUCCGUGUCAACACCAUCAGCCCCGGCUACAUCGUCACCCAGAUGGUCGAGAACCUGUUCGUGCAGUUUCCCGAGCGCCGCGAGGAAUGGCCCAAGCAGAACAUGCUGGGUCGUCUGUCGCGCCCUGAAGAAUACCGUGGCGCGGCGGUGUUCUUGGUCAGCGAUGCUAGUAGCUUUAUGACGGGAAGCGAUUUGCGGAUGGACGGUGGCCAUGCUGCUUGGUAA